AUGAAGCACACGCGCCACAAAUUGAAGGAAUAUUCUCUACAAGAUACCACUGAAAGAAACCCACAGCACAGAGCUGACUCCAAGGGCUGACACUUAGAGGGAGAGGAAGAGAAGAGAGCGAUAUAGAGAAGGAAGUGGGAGGGAUUAAUUAUGAAGGACGAGGUUAUAAGCUCUUCAGGGGACCCGCUACUGCCCCCCAGAUCUUCUUCUCCGCCUCCUAGCCUCACUCCUGCUGCCAGUUCUGUAGGGGCAUCAUCUCCUGCUGUUCCUACAAAUGCUGGCAGCACAGACUGGUUUGGUCAAGUACAGAACUCGAAAGGGGGUUCUCUUUCUCGCAUUGGGUCGCAGCCCAUAUGGACUUCAUUGAGCACUAGUGCUGGUGAUUCUGCUCUUGGAUCAUCUCAACCUUCGUGCAGACCAUGGGAAAGAGGUGAUUUACUGAGGCGUCUCUCAACUUUCGAACCUGCCAAUUGGUUUGGAAAGCCCAAGGUUCAAUUUUGGUCAACUUCCAGAGCUGUGCUCAUUUUUACAGCGCCCAGAGGCAAUCCUUCUAUGGCAGUAGCGUUGGCAUCACAUCACACACCUUUCUCAGCUGUGACGCCCCAAAUUUUCAUAAUUUUGAAGUGUUACCAAAUAUUUACUUUCCUUUAUAUCAAAGGCGAACCGAUAAAAAUAAAAUUUCUUAAAGAAUAAAAUAACUGAAAUAUC